AUGUCUUUUUCCAUGAAGAGACUCUUGGGCUUCGGGGCGAAGGAGAGGACGCCUCUGGGCUUCUGCGAUGGCCCCCGGGGCGCCUCGCUGGACGUGGGGCCCGGGAUGCCUGGGAGCCACCACUGGCGACAUUUCUAUGCCAGGCACAGACCCCAGGAGAAGCUGCACCGGGCCGCGAGCGCGGGCAAGGUGGAGAAGGUGGUCUCCAUCCUCGAUCGGGGGGAGGCCCACGUGGACAGCAGGGACAAGAAGAACAGGACUGCUCUGCAUUUUGCCUGUGCGUGUGGCCAUGUAAAAGUGGCGACCUUCCUGAUUGCCAGUGAUUGUGAGAUUGAUAUCUGCGACAGCGACAACAGCACAGCACUGAUUAAGGCCGUACAAUGCCAGGAAGAGGAAUGCGCAACCAUUCUCCUCAAGCACGGUGCUGACUCAAACAUUAAAGAUGGCAGCGGCUUCACUGCUCUUCAUUACGCUGUCUGCAAUGGGAACAGUCCAAUGGUUACCAAGCUGCUUGCCUAUAAUGCAGACAUUGAAGCAAAGACUAAGGAUUGCUUCACACCUUUUUUACUUGCCCUAAGGGAAAGCAAAGUGCAUGUGGCAGACCUUUUAAUAAGGAAGGGAGCAAACAUACAUGCACUUGAUGAAUUUAGAAGAAAUGCUCUCAUGUAUGCAGUAAGAUGCGAAUCAAAAGAUAUAAUUGCGCUUCUUCUUCAGCGAGGCAUUGAGAUUUCUCAUCAAGAUGGUUUUGGGUGGACGGCAUUACAAUAUGCGGCUGCGAGUCGUUCUAGGAUGUAA